UAAAGAGUUUCGACACCUUUUAUAUUCAUUAACCAUUUACUGAACGUAAUAACCACAUAUUUAAAUCGUGUUAACCAUUUAAAAAGUUGUGCUAAAUCAUUUCUCAUUUCAGAACAGAUAUUGUUGCUAACAAGUUAAACUCAUCAGUUUCAUCAUUUUCCACAGCUCCUUCUGAAACUUCAACUCAACAACGCGUGCAGGAUUCUCUGAAUGCUUCAAGUAACACCAAAGAAGAUACCAUUGUACAUCCAAAAUCGCAAACGGAUAUCGUGUUAACUUCCGAAUCUAGUGAUGAUGAUAUUCAAAUAAGCUCAAUGCCAAAGCAUGAAAAACAAUCUAGUGAUGUAGAUGUUCCUAAGACAAUACAAAACCUUCCAAUACAGAUGAUGGAAAGACAAGAGGAUCCUGCUGCUACAUCUCCCACAGACAGAAUUCCAUCACAUGUUUUCAAUAGAACCAAAUCAAACAAUCAAUGGAGCACUGCUUCUAAUGAAUCUUUGUUUAGUAUUCAUAUGGGAACUAUGAGUUUCUCUAAUGAUAUUGCUUUUUUGAGUAAAUCUGGUGAGUUGGAUAACCCUAUUGAUCACAAUCACUUGAGUAAAUCCAGUGAGUUGGAUAAGCCUAUUGAUCACAAUCACAAUCACAACAUUUCUGAUGGUUUUCAAACCAAUCAUCAUCCAAUUUUACCUCAACCACAAGGUACUAAGUUCAAUGCUAUUAGUCAAAAUUUUGGUGAACAAGAUGGUGGUUCGAGAGUAACUGAGGAAAAAGCUGCUGAGACAAUGAGACAGGUUAUAAUGGAAUCUAGUGUCAAACAAGAGAGUAAAAGUAAAGGAGAUACGGCAUCUGCUACUGCGGCAGCACGUUCCAAACUUCUUUCUAGUUCGAAUAAUGAUCAUUCUCCUCAUUCAGAUGGGAGCACCAGAUCUUAUGCGUUUAAAGUAAUGACAGAUGGAGACAAAACACCUUCAGCGAAACGAAACGAAGACGUGAGAAAUCAAGUGAAGCAGCCAGUGCAACAGAAUGUUAAAGGAACACCAGCUGCAGCUCAAAACCCUAAAUCAACCCCAAAUGCUUCUCAGAACAAAUGGUUAUCUUGCUUCACAUGUUGCCAUUAGAACACAUUAGAGCCUCUUGACUUUGAACAAAACCAUUUUUACUAUGUCUGUCACCUUGAUGACAGUUUAAUAUCACGCACAUGCAUUGCAUGAUAGACAGUUCUAACCGGUUAGUGAUAUUCUUCAUUUACCAUCUUAGGGACUGUUUCGGAUCGACUAAACUUAUUGACAUAAACACUCAUGAGACUGUUUGAUCGAAAUUAUGAAAAUAGUUUGACAUUUUCAUAAGCUGUUUUCAACUUACUUCGACAUGCAUAAUAAGACAGUUUG